ACGGAACCGAAUAGGGACCGAUUUUCUGAUCCUUUUGCGAUCUUCUUUUCUAUCACCGCCGAUAUCAUUUGUUCUCUCUCGGUUUCCGGGUUGUAGAUUUCAAACGAUUCACGCGGCUCGUUGGAAUCGCGAUGGUAACGCGAGUUUCGCGCAAAGACGAAGUGUUGUGAACUCGGUGACCGAUGGUAGCCGUCGUAGGUGACUCUUUCGGUUGCAUUGCGAUCAUGGAAUUGGAACUAAUUUGGUAAUUCGACGGACACGGGAACGAUGAACAUGAAGACCGAGAUCGAGACGGAGACCGAGUGCUCGAACAACAACGAUAACAGCACCAACAAUAACAAUAACGUGAACGUAAACAAUAAUAACGUGGCGAACGCCAAGAAGACUGGUAGCAGUUUAAUCGGGAAGAACGAGAACCAGCAGGAUGGGAUCGGACUGGGCAUAGGGAUAGGGAUAGGAAUAGGGAUGGAGAUGGAGAUGGAGUGCGGUGGUUGCGGAAAAAGCGUUCACGAGCGAACGGUCCUCUGUGUCGGGGGUCGUACCUGGCACUCGAGGUGCCUGAGAUGCUGCGCUUGUGCCAGGCCUCUACACGAUCAGCACUCUUGCUUCCUCCGAGGGAUGCGGCUAUACUGCAGACAGGACUAUGCCUUAACGUUUGGCGCGAAGUGUGCGAAAUGCGGUCGGAGCGUGGGCGCGGGGGACUGGGUGAGGCGGGCCAGGGAGAGAGUGUAUCAUUUGGCUUGUUUCGCCUGCGACGCGUGCUCGAGGCAGCUCUCCACCGGCGAACAGUUCGCCCUGCUGGAUGCCAGACUGCUCUGCAAAGCUCACUAUCUGGACGUGGUCGAGGGUAACAACACCUCGUCCUCGGAGGACUGCGACUCGGAGCACGGUGGCAAGGGCAGCAAGACGAAGAGGGUCAGGACGACUUUCACGGAGGAACAGCUAUCGGUUCUGCAGGCGAACUUUCAGCUGGACAGCAAUCCCGACGGCCAGGACCUCGAGAGAAUCGCUCACGUCACGGGCCUGAGCAAACGAGUCACCCAAGUCUGGUUCCAGAACUCGAGAGCCAGGCAGAAGAAGCAUAGCGGGAAGAUCAAGACGCAAAUGCACCAUUCGCCACCGAUUCAACAUCAUCCGGGGGAUUUGUAUUCGACCGGAGUGAACAUGGUCGGCGCCUAUCUGGGUGGGUAUCAAGGUGGCAGCGCGGGAAGCGAAAGUCCUGGUAGCCCGUUGACACCUCUCACACCCUUGACGCCUCUGACGCCGACGACGACGACGACGACGCCCAGCCAGCUUCAAGUCCAGUUCUGUCAUCAAACGGGCUGAUUCCGAUCGACUGCGUUUCAUAUCCUACGUUCAUGAUUCGCGGUAUCCAAUAUUUUGUACGUUUCGACGUUUUGUACAUAGGAUAGAUACGAACAGAAUUCGUAUCGGAGAUUUUUAAUAACUUUACGAAUAGACGAAACAAUUAUUUAUUCCGUUCCUAUCAUUCUCGUUAAUUAUUCUUCGUAAUAGAUCUUAGUUGCAUUCUACCAGCGGUUACCUACCUUAUUUUUACAAUAACAAUGUACAUACGCGUAGAUCUGUCAUUUACUCACGAUAUCUGAUUACCUUAGGUGUGUAUUUGUAACUUUUGUACAUAAACCUAUGAGAAGUCUUUUAACGAGUAUAGUAUGUAGUCGAUAUCGGUCCGAUGCGACGCUGUAUCCACUCAUUAUCGCAAUACUGUAACCGUACUGUUAAUAAUAAAAACUUCUUUUACUGUUCA